AUGGCUGAAGACAAAUGGGUUGUCGACCCAAUCGUUUUCACACUCAUCGACACAAUCAAGGCCCUCGAUAUCCAGUCGAAGGACAAUGGAAGCCCUCCUGCUAGCUCUGUCAAGAUGCUCGCGAAGAAAAAGCUCGAGCUGCUGGACCUACCAAACGAGAUCUUACGACGCAUCUUCACCGAUUUAUACGAUGGCCAAGAAGUGCGAUUCAACGUCGGACUUGGAAAACACUAUUGUAUCGGCGACAAGCGCGACGAGCUUCUGAUCCAGCGGCCUCGCGAAUGGAGUCCCGAAUGGGCCCCGAACCUGCGACUGGUAUCAUCCACUGUCAAGACUCUGGCUUCCCCAAUCCUCGCCGACAGUGCGACUCUGCACAUCUCACGAGGUCAAAUGGCAGACGAACCGACACCUCUGGAGCUGGCGCCACUGUGUCCAGCGUUCAUGACCUCUCGACUCAAGACUGUUCGCGUCAUGGACUUCGACGCCGCGUUUUUCAUGUAUCCGAUCGAGGAGGUUGAUGCUGGCGGGCUGCCGAGUCUGACGACCCUCGCGUUUGGGCCUUUCGACCUUGCGGAAACUCUGAAGAUGGUCGCUACGGGUCUCUAUGUCCUGAAAUACGAUCACGAAGACUACAUCGAGAUGAUUCGGGCGCACAGUCCCUACCUUGACGAGGCCGACCGGCUUACCGCCUUCGACACAGAUGAUCCCCAGGGAAGUAUGCGAGAUUUUGCCGAGGGUCUUCUUCCUUGGUUCGGUGAUGCGGAGCAUUACCGUGGAAUGGUGCGUAUGUUCUCGAUGUGCUACUGGCAGACACACCGUGCGAAACAUACAAAUCUCCUCCCUACUACGAUUGUCGAGGUCACUUUGAAAGAUAAGUCGCGGAAGACUGUGGUUGCACGCGUCAUGUGGGCCGACGGUAUGGCCGAGCCGGACGUGCGAUAUGAUGAGGAAGCUAUGACUGAGCACAAAAACAGCCGAUUCUUAGGCCUCAUCCGGCCCAUGAGAACCUGGGCAGAUGUGCUUAACGCAUUCUGA